GUCCUUUAAAAAACGCAAUCGAUUGGGCAAGUCGAGUAAUGAUUGGUGAUCGUGGUGAUGUUUUCUUCGGAAAAACUGCUGCGAUAAUAGGAGCGGGUCCUGGAAGUGGACCAGGUGCUUCGGGAUCCGGUCAUGCUCAAUUUGUACUAAGACAAUCUUUAACUCUUUUGAACGUGACAACUGUUAACACACCGUAUGUAAUGUUAACUGGGGCUUAUAAUGCAUUUAAAGAGGAUGGAAGUUUGGAAAAUCAAAAAAUCGAGGAAAAGAUUGUGCAAAUACUAAAAGAACUU